UCUUCUUUACUGAGUGCGUGGACGGGGUGGAUCUGCUGCUGCGGUGGAAGCAGUUGCACGGUCUCCAGAUCAGGCAAGCAGCAUGUGGCCAGCUCUGGUGCUGGGGAUCCUGACGGCGAUUUUCGCCUGGAUCUGGUACAGAGGAGGUGAAGAGGCAAAGGAUCCGGAGACUCAGGAGCAGAAGCCAGAGGAACUGGCCGUGACACCAGAGGCAGAUCAGGAGGGUGUGGGGUCCGAGCCGGGUCAUCUACCUGCACACCUUGCCUCCAGAGAAAGCAGCCUCCCUUCAGGUGACCAUGAUGGGUGUGAGCUUAAUACCACCGGGCAAGAGGUUCCUUGCCUCAGAUUCCAAAAAAACAAGGCUGUGAACCCCGAAACUUGCCAAGCCAAGAAUGAGCAGAAGUCCGAGCUGCAGGGUAAAGACCAAGAAGGACUGGCUGUUGUAGAUCACCUGGAGAGUGGUCUUCAAGUACAAAGACCUGAAACAACUAAUGUUCCUACUUUAACAGAUCAGCAAUCCAAUGCCCCAGCAUCGGAGCUACCAGGUAAUAUACAGGAGCACCCUUCAGAUGUCCCAAAGGAAGAGGAGUUGCAAAAGGAGCACCCUUCAGAUGUCCCAAAUGAAGAGGAGUUGCAAAAGGAGCACCCUUCAGAUGUCCCAAAGGAAGAGGAGUUGCAAAAGGAGCACCCUUCAGAUGUCCCAAAGGAAGAGGAGUUGCAAAAGGAGCACCCUUCAGAUGUCCCAAAGGAAGAGGAGUUGCAAAAGGAGCACCCUCCAGAUCACCCAAAGGAAGAGGCGCUACAAGCUGACCUAGGGGGCCUCACUACUGAUGUCCUAAAGAAAGAGCCACAUGGUAACAUAAAGGAGCACCCCACAGAUCUCCCAAUCAAAGAGGUGCUACAAGCUGACAUACAAGAGCACCCUACAGAUACCCUAAGGAUAGAGAAGCUACAAGUUGACAUGCAGGAGCACCCUACAGAUGUCCCAGCAAAAGAGGAGCUACCAGCGGACACACAGCAGCAUCCUCCAGAUGUCCCAAAGAAAGAUGAACUAGCCAUUAUACUUGAGCGCCAAACAGUUUUUCCAGUGAAGGGGAACAAUUUAUUAGAGGAAUAUGUCAAAGACCUAGUGCAGACCUGUGCAGAUGAAAGUUGCACAGAGAUUUCUUCCAAAAAUGAUGAGAUACACAGCUAUGAAGUGGAAGUGCACCCCUCUGAGAUCCCAGAAGCAAGGCAAAUCAUUAUUUGUAAGGAGGAAUAUAACCCAUUGAUAAAGGAGAUGCAGCUUUGUGUUGGAAAUCUAGACCAAGUGGAACAGGCUACUGGAGAAGUUAUAUGUCCCACACUAAUGGCAGAGGUGCCUGGAGUACAGAUAUUACCAGCUGACUCCUGUCAUGAAAGUAUGUCCCUGCAGGGUAAAGCAUUUUUACACCCAGAAAAUGAAAGUCAGGAUGGUGUCUGUGCAACUAGUGAACUGAAUGGAGAAAACCAAGCAGCCAUAGAUGCAACAGGUUGUCCAUUGGAAAAUGCAUUUGUUGUGAAAGAAAGUGCCCUGAAUCUAUGUCAGGCCAAAGAGACAUUAAAUAAAGACUUGUAUCUGGAGAUGGGCAAUACCUCAAACGAUGACGGGAAUGCCAAUAUUGCUGAUCAGUUUAUGAAACUGUCUAUGGAGAAAUGUGACAUGAGAAUCUGCAGUGACAUUGUAAAACCUUCUACUGAAUCACCUCAAGAGGGAUCAGCAAAAGUCCAGAAAUUGGAAACUCAUCCUGACAGUUCAUCAGUGGACAUAUGCAACCUUGGGUUCAACCUGGAAAAAGAAAUGGCUGAUCUCAGUAGUUCAAACACAGAUGACAAAACCUCUUUCGGUAGUCCAUCAGAUGCAAAUAUCCAUGAAAAUGACCAUCAGAAGACAAGAAAGGUUGCUACUAUUCAGCCAAUGCCUCAGAAUGUGAAUUUUGUCUUCAAAGUUCAUUAUAUCACACAAAAUGACUCUCAAAUUAUUGCCGUCACAGGUGAUCACGAGAAACUUGGUAAAUGGGAGUCCUAUGUCCCUCUGACCUCUAAAAAUGGUGGCUUUUGGUCAGAUACCAUCACCUUGCCUGCAGAUACCAGUUUGGCUUGGAAGUUUGUAAUGGUUGAAAAUGGCAAGAUAAAACGCUGGGAGGAAUGUAACAAUAGGUUUUUGAAGACUGCACAUGAAGACAUUGAAGCUCAGCUGUGGUGGGGCUACCCAUAAUACAUGGACAUCAGAAGGCACUAUUGGCAUAGCUUUUAGAUCAUACGCCUAGUCCCUCAAGUCACAAAGAUGAAAUCGCAUUUAUACUUCAUCUAUUAACUUAUGUCUGCAGUUUAAUGAUUACCUAGCAUUGCCUGGUUAUUGAAACAUUGUUGACAUAUCAAAUAACCUUUUAGCCUAUAUUUUUAGAAGUUGCAUUUUAGCCUGCUGUCAGCCUUGGUUUCCAGAGUGAAAAUACAGCAUGAAAGAGGACUAAAUUAUUGAGUAAAAUACAGUUUCCUUCCUGUAAAACAGAUUUCAACAUUAAUUUAGUAUUCACAACAGAAUUGGACAUAACCUUUUAAUUGACAGUCCGUUUGUCGUACAAAGACGUGUGAUAUUUUGUAUUGUAUCUCAACCACAAGUUAUUUACGACACAAACUAAUCUGGGUGUCAGAUAAUUAAAGUACUGCGUUUAAAAUUUGAAAUGUUUUUUUUCCCUAUGUUUCAUAUGUAGAGAGAUUGUAUUGUAUAGUGAACUUAGUAGACAGUCCACCUACAUUAUGAUUUGUUGAGCUCACCUUUUGCCCAUAUAAAUACAUAUUUGACUGCA